CUGGCAAAAUGGACAACGCAGGGAAGGAGCGAGAAGCGGUACAGCUGAUGGCGGAGGCUGAGAAACGAGUCAAGGCCUCCCACUCCUUCCUCCGAGGGCUGUUCGGAGGAAACACACGAAUAGAAGAGGCUUGUGAAAUGUACACCAGAGCUGCAAAUAUGUUCAAGAUGGCUAAGAACUGGAGUGCUGCAGGAAAUGCAUUUUGUCAAGCCGCCAAGCUCCACAUGCAGCUUCAGAGCAAACAUGACUCGGCUACCAGCUUUGUGGAUGCCGGAAAUGCCUACAAGAAGGCAGACCCUCAAGAGGCUAUCAACUGCUUAAAUGCAGCCAUCGACAUUUACACAGACAUGGGAAGGUUUACAAUCGCAGCAAAGCACCACAUCACUAUUGCUGAGAUCUAUGAGACUGAGCUCGUGGACAUUGAGAAGGCUAUUGCACAUUAUGAACAAUCUGCUGAUUAUUACAAAGGAGAAGAGUCUAACAGCUCAGCUAACAAGUGUCUGCUGAAGGUGGCAGCCUACGCCGCACAACUGGAGCAGUACCAGAAAGCCAUUGAAAUCUACGAGCAGGUGGGGGCUAACACUAUGGAUAAUCCUUUGUUGAAGUACAGUGCAAAGGAUUACUUCUUCAAAGCAGCCCUUUGUCACUUCAUAGUAGAUGAGUUGAAUGCCAAGCUCGCUCUUGAGAAGUAUGAGGAAAUGUUUCCAGCAUUUACUGAUUCAAGAGAAUGUAAAUUACUGAAAAAACUUCUAGAAGCUCAUGAAGAACAGAACAGUGAAGCUUACACUGAAGCAGUGAAGGAAUUUGACUCAAUAUCACGGUUGGAUCAGUGGCUAACCACCAUGUUGCUUCGUAUCAAAAAGUCCAUCCAAGGUGAUGGAGAAGGAGAUGGAGACUUAAAGUGAAAUGUUUCUGUCCUUGUGGCAUGCGGCUAAUAACGUCUCUUUAGUUUUGUCUUAGGGCCACUGGAUCUUUAUGAGAUGCCCAUUUAAUGGCUUAAUUUUGUUGCAUAUGAGCCACACAACCCAUGUACUGUCCAAGUGCGUGUGCACCACAUCUGUGUCACUGUGAAGCAGUUGAAAGGGAGGUUUGUCAGGCUUAUCAGAGUCCCCAGAGUUUUCUGAGUACUUUCAAAUCAUAUCCUUGUUCUUCUGAUACUGAAAUAGCCCAUGUUUAAUGUUGCCACUUUUUUUUUCAAUGUUCUUCCUCUUGAACUCUAAAUCUUGACCCAUUAUUUUUCAUAGAUGCUUUGCAGAGACCCUGUACAUUGGCAUCUGGAUAUAUUCUUUAAGUGUGUGUGUUUAGUUCAGAGUGAUUGUCAACUAUGAGUGUAGAAUUUCAUUGGAAAUUAUUUUUGUUCUUCUGUGAUUAUUUUGAUGGUGCUAGUGACAAAUUUGCUUGUUUUUUGUACUAUUCUCCAUGUUCACAUGUACAUGGAAAAAUUGAGAACUGUUGGGAUCCAUUAGAAUAAUGUGCAUUUUGAGGAAAACAAGCUUCCUGGCAGUAUGUGCUUCUUUUGUUGAUGAAUGUCAAAAUGGAUUACAUUGAUUUGUAUGUAAACACACACAGGUUUGCAAGGAGCAGAACUUUCCCUUUCCUAGAGAAAGUUUCCAUUUGGAAUUAGAGUGGAAAUCCCUUUAUAUUGGCACCACAGUGUUUGGCAUGUCCCGAUGUAACUUUCAGUCCCUUCUAAAUUGUACUGCUGUCAUUAGUGACAGAUAAUGACAAUUUCUGUUGUGUCUGGUGGUAAGUAGCACUGGAAUAUAGUCUUUACUUUUGGAAGGCUGUGGAUUAGAAUCGGUAGGAUAUUGUCUUGUAGUGUCAGGUUAAGGGCUGAGUGAGGAUGGUUUGAGGACUAGUAAGAAAGUCAAGUUCAUCUGGGGUAAAGGGCAAUAGAAGGAAACAAAGUGAAAAGACCCUGGGAGGGCAGAUGUUAGAGGUCUGUAUCAGAUGUGGUGAGCACUCACUGGCCCAGUCAAGGUAUAACAGUAGUGUGCUGGAGACCUUGGAGAAGCAAGUAUCUCAGUGAUGUCAGUGUAACUGGUACGGUAAAGAGGUUAAGCCCAGGAAUCUGCUGAGGAUUCCAUUUCCCUUCAAAGUUUUGGCCUUCUUAAUUGAAGGCCAGACAUCACUGAAGGUCAGUUUUUAAAUGGAGUUCAAUUGAUCCCUCCUGACUCUUACUAAAAUAUCAUAUUUUAAAAUGAGUUUUACUUACUAUAUUAUACCACUAGCUAUACAUAUUUGUAAAAACAAGACAUUUG